AUGGUGUUCGUAAUGUGGGCGAUUAGGCCAAAAGGCGAGACGUAUGACAUCACAAAUGAAUAUGAGCGUGUACCAACAAUGUUCAGCAUAAAGCUACACCAUGACAUUGAUGAGUUCUCAGUUCAUGAACUAGACGCAAUGAUGCUAGAGCUAGGUUACUCUGUACCCCCUGUAAUAUAUUACCAUUUUAGGAUUCCUCAUGAAGACUUGGAUUUUGGCCUCAGAGCUUUAGGGAAUGAUAAUGAUGUCUUGAAUUUGGCUCAGUAUAUUGGAGAUAACAAGGUCAUUGAAGUGUAUACAGAACAUGGAAAAACUAAUUUGCUGACCUGUUUUAUGUCUCCAAAAGGAAAGCAAAAAGUUAUUAUUAAGGAGCUCUGUGAUGGUGAUCUUCCAAAAGAAGCAAAUGUACCUCAAGUACCAGCAAAGGAUAAAACCCCAAUGAUAGAUGAAGCUAAUGAUCAAACACAGUUGGCAGGGUAUAUGUCCUUGAUACUCUUUGACAAAGUCCCUACACAAGUUUCACCACAGUAUAGAAGAAAUGGAAGGGUGAACUCAAUAGUUGGUCAAAGUUCUUGUGCCAAAAAGCUUUGUUUAGUUGAAUUGGAUGAUGUAGUAGAAGAUCAAGGUGGUGAUCAUGCUAAAUUGGAUGAUGUUGUACAAGAUCAAGGUGGUGAGAAUCCUAAAUUAGAUGAUGUGGUACAAGAUCAAGCUGGUGAGCAUGCUAACAUGAAUGAUGUGGUUCAAGAUCAAGAGGUUGAGCAUGCCAACAUGGAUGAUGUGGUACAAGAUCAAGGUGGUGACCAUGAUAACUUUGAUUAUGAUGAAUUUCAUUAUGAGAACUUUUCUCAUGAUCACUUUGAUCCUUUUUAUGGAGAACAUUAUCAACCACCAAAAGAUGAGAAUGUUGAAGACCAUCAGUCUGAACAUGAAAAGUCUACUGACAGUGAUGAUCUUAGGCAACAAUCAGAAGAACAAUAUGAUGAACUUGUUGAUGAUGAAAACAAUGUAUCAGAAGUGGAGGUGGAUAUGACUGACUUUAACCUCAAUCUUGAUAAGGAUUAUGGUUGUGUUCAAAUGGAUGGGUUUCAUAACGGGGUUGGGACAAAUGAUGAACAUGAGGACAUAGAAGUCAUUGACAAUGAUAGAUGGGAUUCUUUAGAUGAAGGGUUAGAAGAUGAAAGGAAAAGAAGAUGUGUUCUUAAAAAUCUGGCUAAGGAGAAAAGAUGCAGUCUUGGCAAUGUCUAUAAGGCUAGUUUUUAUGUUGGGCAAAAGUUUAAAUCAAAGAAAGAAUUGAAAGAAAAAAUUGACAUGCACGCACUAGAAACUAGGAGGAAUUUAUAUUAUAAAAAGAAUGACAAGCUUAGACUUCGGGCAUUGUGUAGAGGUGUAGUCCCUGUCAUCAAUGCAAGUGGGGUGGUUGGCCUUAAUCCCAAAAAUAAAACCAAGGGCAAAGAGGUAAAUUCAGAAAAAGUAAACUGUAGUUGGUUCCUUCAUGCUUCUAGGUCAAACACAGAAUCUCCCUGGUUUGUAAGGACAUUAAAUGACAACCAUACUUUCCUUCAAAGUAGGAAGAUUAGAUCUUGCACUGCUACUUUUAUAUCCAAGCGAAUCAUGGACCAAAUCGACAUGAAUCCAGGGAUUCCUCUUCGAGCAUUGCAGGAACAACUUCAAAAGGACUUCGAGGUAGGUAUUUCUAUUGACAAAGUAUUCAGGGCCAAGGCUAUUGCUACUAAGAUCGUGGAAGGUGACUAUACGAAACAAUAUGAGAUCUUGAGGGACUAUGUCCUUGAAUUGCAAGCAACCAAUGUUGACACAACUGUCAAGAUUGAUGUUUACAGUGAACAAAACCCAUCAAACCCAACGAGGAGGUUUAAAAGAAUCUACAUUUGCUUAGGUCCCCUGAAAAAAGGUUUUAAGGCUGGCCUCAGGGAUCUUUUGGGUUUUAAUGGUGCGCAUAUGAAAGGACCAUUUCCUGGGCAGGUUCUAACAGCAGUUGGGUUGGACUCUAACAUUGGUAUUUACCCCCUUGCUUAUGCCAUUGUUGAGACAGAGAACAAAAGUAGUUGGGUACGGUUCUUGCAGUGUUUAGGAGAAGACUUGGAUCUUGGUUCAAACUCUAACUUUACUUUUAUCAUAGAUCGACAAAAGGGUUUAAUACCAGCAAUAGCCCAACUAUUCCCAUGUGUUGAGCACAGGUAUUGUCUCAGGCACAUACAUCAGAACAUGAGAGUGAAAUGGAAAUUGAAAGAGUACAAGGAUCAUUUAUGGAGAUGUGCAACUGCAACCACUGCAAGAAGCCAUAUUACAGGCAGAGCAAUCUCUGAUAUACUGUUAAACAACCUUUGUGAGGUAUUUAACAGCAAGAUAAUAGAGGGAAGAGAUAAGCCUAUCAUAGGUUGUUUGGAGUAUAUUAGACAAUACCUGAUGAAUAGAAUCUGUAAUGUUAUGAAGGUGAUGGACAAGGCAAAAGGGCCUUUAACACCCACUGCAACAACCAUAUUGGAUGUAAACAAGUCUCAUGCAUCACAUUACAUUACUAGGUGGAAUGGGGGUGAGAAAUACCAAGUCACUAGGGUAUGGCAAGACCAACAUGUUGUAGAUGUUAGGAACAACACAUGUACUUGCAGGAAGUGGGAGCUAAUAGGCAUCCCAUGUAAACAUGCCAUUGCAACCCUUUAUGAAAUGACCAAGAAAUCAGAGGAUGUUGGUGAUAUUUACAGGUGGGUCAAUAAGGUAUACUGGUUGGAUACAUGGAAGAAUGCAUAUUCCUAUAAGGUAGAGCCCAUAAAAGGAAGAAUAAUGUGGCCUAAAAGUUUGUGUCCCACAACACUUAUCCCUUCAAUACAUCAUAAGCAACCAGGUAGGCCUACAAAGAAGAGGAAGAAAAGUGAGGAUGAAAAAUUGAGUCAGAGUCAAAGAGGGAGUCAAAGUUAG